GGAGGAGGAGGAGGAGGAGGAGAUCCCUGAGAAGAGGAGCAGCUCCACAUUGAAACGGAAAGCAGCAGAGCAGCGAGCAGCAGACAAGAAGCUCCGCCCUGAAAGGAGGCAGGAGGAGGCUGCCUCCCCCCAAACGCCCCCCGCCCCUUCCAAGAUGGCCUCCGGAGCCUCACCCAAAGGACUCCCCCCACCUCUCUGCAGGGCGGAGUCAGAGAGGAGGAGCGAGGGAGCGAUGAAGGCAGAGGACUGGCCCUGCCCAGAGAACAAGCCGAGGGAGGUGCCAGAAGAGCUCCUGAUGGGCGGAGCCACAAAACAGUCAGAGGUGCAUGCUGGGACGCCUCCCCCUGCCCCGGGCCCCUCCCCCACUGAGGAGCUGGAGCCGCAGAUUGGCCCUGAGGCGCUGGUCUGCCACGAGGUGGACCUGGACGACCCGGACGAGAAGGAGAAGCCCACCCCCCCGGAGCACCUCCUCCUAAUGAUGAGGGAGCAGCAACCUGCCCCGCUUCCUAACCUCCUCCACUCCUCUCUGCCCUCCCCUCACACCCUUCACCUCCCCCAGCCUCAGCUGAGGCCCUUCCUGCCGACCGCUGCUCCCGGCUCUGCCUCCUGCUCCGAGGAGCACCACCCAGCCAGGAGCGCCGGCGAGGAGGAGGAGAGAGGAGCAGUCAGGGGAGAACAGCAGGGAGACUCCAGCCCCGGGUUUGAUGGCAGCGCCUCCUCCUCGACCUCCCUGCUGUCUCUACAGGAGACCAAGGACAGAGGUCAGAAGAGGGUGAUGGACUGUAACUCCAGCCCAACGGCCAAGAAGCAGAGACGCAACCAGAAACGACUCGGCACACCUGGGAAGGUGGAGAAGAACGGAGCAGGUAACAGCAGUGACAGUGAGGACCAGUCCCGUCUGUCUCUGAAGUCUCAGAAGUCUGUUUGUCUCUCGUCUCCUUUGUCUCUCAGUAAAGACAAACACAGCUUCUCUCCUCAGAGGACGUACAAGUGGACCUUCCAGCUCGGUAAUUCUUCUUCUUCGACAUACUUUACUCACCUACAUAUACACAUGUACACAUAAUAAAUA